UCGUCCAAUCACAGACGAUUUAACAAAUAUGCAAAUGUAUGUUUUCAUCAUCCUACGUCAGUAGCGCUGGAACCGCUGAGGUCGCCCAGACACGAUAUCAACUACGACAAAACUUCGCUAUUUUAUUCCUCCUUAAAUGGUCGCGUUCUCACUGGAUGAUUUGGUUUCGUUUGGACUAAAGCCUUCUUGGUGAUGGACACACAGUGGUUCAGCAGACUCUGACGCUCAUCAUCUCCAUGUUACAUUCAGUAGUCCUGUUGUAUGGGCCCACUGAGGGGGGAAGACACUUCAUGCACUGAACUCGUACUAUGACUGACCCCAUAAUGGACUUUUUUGAUGACCCUAAUAUAUUUGGGGGAGGGCUUGACAGCCUUGUUCAAGAUGACCCAGGGUUUACCCCUGGGACUGUGUCCUUGGAAGAUGAACUUAACUUGGGCCCUGGCUUUGAGCCUCUUUUGGUGGAUGCAGGGUCCAGACCUCCGGCUUCUACCAUCCAGCAUGGGAUACCCUACAGUCAACCUGUGGGGCAUUUUGACACUAUGAAGUCACAGUCUUUUUCUGGUCCAGAAAGAGGUAACAAUGGUGGAAGAGCCUUUCUGUCACAGCAGCAGCAGUUUCAAGAUCAUUCUAUGAACCAAGUGCCCCAAACUAAUGGACUGUUUCUUAACAACAGCCCCAUGUGGGGAAAUCACGAUCAGAAUGGGAAUAACACACUGAAUCAGCACAUUAAACACCACCAACAAGAUCAACAUAAACAAUUUCAGCAGCAACAGUUUCAGCAACAUCAAGUUCAGCAUCAGCAUCAGCAAUACAGUCAGCAACAUCUUCAACAAAGACAACUUCCAAUCUCAAACCAGCAGCACCUCCCGCACCAACAGACAGUCCAGCAAGGUUUGCACCACCUUGGCAAGAACUAUCAGGAUCAUCCUGGCUUUUACUACCAGGGCAACGUCUCCCAAAAUCAUUCCCAGCAAGGCCACCAUAACUCCCUCAUUGUGGAUGGUAGUCCCUUCCACCCUGUGGUUGCCCAGGGUGGACAUUCACAGUCCAAACCUUAUCUUGAGGCUUCAGUGAUGCCUGUGUCCUCCCAGCAGCACAGUGGGUUUCAGGUGGCCCAAGAGGUCCAAGGCUUUACUGUGGGUCCAGGGUUGCAGGACAAUGACCUGGGCUUCCCUGUGCAGUCUUCCUCUGCAACUCACUCUUUCCCAUCUGGCUCAGCCAGCCAUGCCUCAUCCUAUCCCACUGCUCAUUACUCUCUUCCUGGUCAACCUCCCCCUGUAGUAAAUGCAACUCGGUCUUACUCCUCUGCCCCGGUCUCUUUGACAACCUCUUCAACUGCUAUCCCAUCAUCUUCCCCAAACCUUUUGGAUACCAGUUGUCCAUUUCUGUCUGCUUCCGGAAUGGAACAUAAACGGCAACAAGUCGAAAUACCUGGCAGUCCAGCACAACAGUGCCACUUCCAUGGCAUGCAGAGCUCCAAAUUGAGCCACAAUCCCUUUGGCUCCUCUGAGGUGUUCUCAGACAGUCUAAACUCAUUCUCUGUGGCAAAACAGAGGAACUGUGAUAUGGCUGUACAUUCAGUCACAAACCAGAUUGAAAACAGCAGCAAUGGGUUUCAGGCUCUGGAGGAGGCCUUGCUUGGAGAGCAACAUGGGGAGAGACUUGAGGACCUGGGUAAAGCUCCUGAUCUUUUGGGUGAUGAGUUGUUGCCUCAGUUGGAGUCACUUAUUCAGGAUGAGAGCUCCAACCACUCUUGGAUAAAUGCAGGACUAGGGGAUGAACAACAAGAAAAAGAGGAAAUUAUGGAGGAUGGGCACAAUUUCCCAGUGGACAUCAAUAGACAGCCUCCUAAGAACACUAAUGGUCCCAGCAGUCAGGCGCGGGUGCUCAGCCCACCAGUGAAGAGUAGCUCCUCUUCUUCCUCUUCAUCGUCCUCAUACGUGUCCGUGUCAGAGAAAAGGGUGCAAAAGCGACAGCAGCAGCAGCAGAUGGAUGUGUCCAUCUCAGAAGAUAAACAACAGAAGGCCAAUCGAAUCAUCUCAGAGGCCAUCGCUAAAGCACGAGAGAGAGGAGAGAAAAAUAUCCCACGUGUCAUGAGUCCCGAGAGCUUUCCAUCUUCAUCGUCACAACAUCGUCACAGGGCAGGUGCCUCCAAGUCCAAAGGCAAGGAUAAAAGGUCCAAGAAUGCCCGGAUUGUGUCAUCCUCCAAGCCCAAACAAAAGGCUCAAAUUGGGAAAAUCGUUAUAAAGUUUGGAAAGAAGAAGCGAAAGAAGGCCGAGUCCUCAGAAGAACUCUCUGAUGAUGACAGGCCACCUCGACGAUCCUCUAAAGACGACGAUUCAAAACGGCGUUCUAACCGGAAGGUCAAGAGGAAGAAGUAUGAGGAAGACGGCGAGGCUCGACUGUCUGAGGAAGAAAUGAAGGUUGUCGUCAAAGCCAAAAAGAGCAACUCCAAUGCUCAUAAAGAGCCUGCAGUACAACUGUUUGUGGAGAACCCAAGUGAGGAAGAUGCUGCAGUGGUUGAUAAAAUCAUGGCAUCACGCGUGGUGAAAAAAGAGGUUUCACCUGGAGUAUUGGUGGACAUUGAGGAGUACUAUGUCAAAUACAAAAACUACUCGUAUCUUCAUUGUGAGUGGGCGACAGAUCAACAGUUAGUGAAAGACAAGAGGAUCCAGCAAAAAAUAAAACGCUUCAAGAUCAAACAGGCGCAGAAAGCACACUUCUUUGCUGAUAUUGAGGAGGAUCCAUUCAAUCCUGACUAUGUUGAAGUAGACAGAGUAUUAGAGGUCUCAUACUGUCAGGACAAGGACACUGGAGAGCCGGUUGUGUAUUACUUAGUAAAGUGGUGCUCGUUGCCAUAUGAGGACAGCACGUGGGAGCUGAAGGAAGAUGUGGACCAGACUAAGAUUGAGGAGUUCAAGCAGCUGCAGGCAGUAAAACCACUCACCAACAGAAUGGAGCGUCCUCCAGCGAGUCACUGGAAGAAGCGGGAGCAAUCGAGAGAGUAUUGUAAUGGCAACAGUCUCAGGGAUUACCAGCUGGAGGGGGUCAACUGGCUGCUCUUCAACUGGUACAACAGGCGUAAUUGUAUUCUGGCUGACGAGAUGGGUCUGGGUAAGACCAUCCAGUCCAUCACGUUUCUGGAUGAGAUCUAUCGUAUAGGCAUCAAGGGGCCGUUCCUCAUCAUCGCCCCGCUCUCCACCAUCGCUAACUGGGAGAGAGAGUUCAGAACCUGGACGCACCUCAACGUCAUCGUGUACCACGGCAGUGUGGUAAGCAGACAGAUGCUCCAGCAGUAUGAGAUGUACUUCAGAGAUGCUCAGGGUCGUGCGAUAAGAGGUGCUUACCGGUUUCAGGCAGUCAUUACCACAUUUGAGAUGAUUUUGGGAGGCUGUCCAGAACUUAACGCAAUAGACUGGCGGUGUGUCAUCAUUGACGAAGCUCAUCGGCUCAAAAAUAAGAACUGCAAGCUACUGGAGGGCUUUAAACUGAUGAAUCUGGAACAUAAGGUGUUGUUGACGGGCACUCCCCUACAGAACACUGUGGAGGAGCUCUUCAGUCUGCUGCAUUUUCUGGAGCCCACCCGCUUCCCUUCUGAAAACACCUUCAUGCAGGAGUUUGGAGACCUUAAGACUGAGGAGCAGGUCCAAAAGCUUCAGGCUAUCCUGAAGCCGAUGAUGCUGCGUCGUCUCAAGGAAGACGUGGAGAAGAAGUUGGCCCCUAAAGAGGAGACCAUCAUCGAAGUGGAGCUUACCAACAUCCAGAAGAAAUACUACCGCGCCAUACUGGAGAAGAACUUCACAUUCCUGGCUAAAGGUGCUGGCCAAGCCAAUGUCCCCAACCUGCUCAAUACCAUGAUGGAACUGCGGAAAUGCUGCAACCAUCCCUACCUCAUCAAAGGGGCUGAGGAGAAGAUCAUGGAGGAUUUCAAGGAGGUGUACAGCCCCACCGCAUUUGAUUUCCACCUGCAGGCCAUGAUUCAGUCGGCAGGUAAACUCGUUCUCAUUGACAAGCUGCUGCCCAAGAUGAAGGCCGGUGGACACAAAGUGCUCAUAUUCUCUCAGAUGGUGCGCUGCCUCGACAUCCUGGAAGACUACCUCAUCCAGAGAAGAUACCUCUACGAGCGGAUAGACGGGCGUGUACGUGGGAACCUUCGGCAAGCUGCAAUAGACCGCUUCAGUAAACCCGACUCCGAUCGAUUCGUCUUCCUGCUGUGUACACGAGCAGGUGGGCUCGGAAUUAACCUCACAGCUGCCGACACCUGUAUCAUCUUUGACUCUGACUGGAACCCACAGAACGACCUGCAGGCUCAGGCUCGCUGCCACCGUAUUGGUCAGAAUAAAGCGGUGAAGGUGUAUCGACUAAUCACGCGUAACUCAUACGAGCGAGAGAUGUUUGAUAGAGCCAGUCUCAAGCUGGGAUUGGAUAAAGCGGUGCUUCAGAGCAUGAGUGGGCGGGACAACAGUCUUGGGGGAGGAGGACAGAUCCAGCAGCAGCUGUCCAAGAAGGAGAUUGAGGAUCUUUUGCGUCGUGGAGCUUAUGGCGCCAUCAUGGAUGAGGAAGACGAGGGGGCUAAAUUUUGUGAAGAGGACAUUGACCAAAUCUUGCAACGCAGAACCAAGACCAUCACCAUUGAAUCUGAGGGUCGAGGCUCCACCUUUGCCAAGGCCAGUUUUGUAGCUUCAGGGAACAGAACAGACAUCUCUUUGGACGACCCUAACUUCUGGGACAAGUGGGCCAAGAAAGCAGAGAUUGACUUGGAUACAGUCAAUGGCAGAAACAGUCUGGUUAUUGACACCCCUCGAGUCAGGAAACAGACCCGGCCAUUCAGCGCAACUAAAGAUGAGCUGGCCGAGCUCUCUGAAGGGGAGAGCAGUGGAGAGGAUAAACCCAAACUCCGCCGGCCACAUGACCGCCUCAACAGCUACGGCCGCACAGAGUGCUUCAGGGUUGAGAAGAAUCUGCUGGUGUAUGGGUGGGGCCGCUGGAAGGACAUUCUGGCACAUGGCCGCUUUAAACGGCAGCUGAGUGAGCGUGAUGUGGAGUGUAUAUGUAGGGCGCUGUUAGCAUACUGCCUUGUUCAUUACCGUGGAGACGACAAAAUUAAGAGCUUCAUGUGGGAUCUGAUCGCCCCCACAGAGGAUGGCAGGACCAAGGAACUGCAGAACCAUCUGGGUUUGUCGACUCCAGUACCGCGAGGCAGGAAAGGAAAGAAGAUGAAGACUCAGUCCAGCUCGUUUGAUAUCCAGAAGGCAGAGUGGAUCCGAAAACACAAUCCAGAGCACAUGCUGUCUGAUGACGGCUACAAAAAACAUCUGAAACACCACUGCAACAAGGUGCUGUUGAGGGUCAGAAUGCUGUACUAUCUCAAACAGGAGGUGAUUGGAGCACAGUGCCAAAAAGUGCUGGACGGAGCUGAAGCCAGUGAGAUUGAGAUCUGGGUUCCUGAGCCGGAUCAUUCGGAGUUGCCUGCUCUGUGGUGGGACACUCUCUCAGACAAGUGUCUGCUGUUAGGAGUCUAUAAGCAUGGUUAUGAGAAGUACAACACUAUUAGAGCAGAUCCAGCACUGUGUUUCUUAGAGAGGGUUGGUCGGCCAGACGAGAAGGCCAUUGCUGCUGAACAGAGAGCAAAUGAUUUUAUGGAUGGGGAUGUGGACGACCCUGAAUACAAACCUGCUCCAGCUUUGCUAAAGGACGAUAUGGAGGAUGAUGCUUCCUCACCAGGAGACUUGGCCAUCACUGAUGCAGGUGGAGAAGGAGGGUCUGUAUUAGAUGGUGGAGGUGGUAAUCUGGGUGCUAGUGCGGGGGUGUACUGGCCCUCACCCUCUGCACUGACGGCUCGGCUGCGGCGUCUGAUCACUGCAUCUCAGCGCUUCACCAAGAGCAGACAGAUACUUCAGAUCCACCAGACACAGCGGGCCAUGACCCCUGCCCCCUACACUCUGUCCCCCACACUCAGUGACACACUCAACCCCAAAAUGGUUGCUAAGAUUGAAAGACAACAACGGUGGACACGGAGAGAGGAGGCAGAUUUCUAUCGUGUGGUUUCGACAUUUGGGGUAGUGUUUGAUCCAGACUUGGGUCGUUUCGACUGGACCAAGUUUAGAGCCAUGGCUCGACUACACAAGAAAACUGACGAGAGUCUACACAAGUACCUGUGUGCCUUUAUUUCCAUGUGCAGGAGGGUCUGUCGUCUCCCUGCUAGAGAAGGAGACAUGGUGGACUCCUCUCUUGCCAUUCAACCAAUCACAGAGGAGCGUGCAUCCCGUACCUUAUACCGUGUGGAGCUGCUGCGAAAGAUAAGAGAACAGGUGUUACGUCAUCCUCAGCUCUAUGAGCGUCUGGCACUCUGCCAGGCGGGACCGGAUCUUCCAGUGUGGUGGGAACCAGGAUCCCACGACCGGGAUCUCCUUCUUGGGGCAGCCAAGCAUGGUGUCAGCCGAACAGACUACCACAUCCUCCGAGACCCAGAGCUCUGCUUCAUGGCAGCCCAGAGGAACUACAGCCAGAACAAGGGAACAGCAGCACAAGUCCAAGCCCAGAAUCAGAUACUUCCGCUGGGACAGUCUCACAUCCCGACCCCCAUCCAGCACAUUCAGUUUAAAGAGGCUUCAGCUUUAACUCCCUUUAAUCAAAGAGAGGAUUUAACUGGACUGAAGGAGGAGCCGCUGUCAGAGCGAGAGGAGGAAGGUGGAGAGAGAGAGCACAAGAUAGAAACACCCUCUAUCAGACCUCCCACACCUUCAGGAGUGGAGGAAAAACAUGAUGUCCAUGAUAAAAGAGGAGAGAAUGAGAGGCGGAUGGUAGCGGCCAGGACAAAACCGCUUACGCCAAACUCAGUGACUCGAAAACAAAAGAAGCUAAGUAAACGGAGCCGCAAGGAGGCCAGGAGGGGGUCGAGAUCAGACUCCGACUCGGAUGGCUCCUCGUCCAGCUCUUCAUCAAGUUCUUCAUCGAGAUCUUCUUCCUCAUCCUCGUCUUCGUCACGUUCAGGAUCCAGUUCCUCAUCCUCGUCUUCCUCCUGUUCUUCAGGCUCGUCGUCUUCAUCGUCGUCAUCAUCGUCUUCAGAGGACAGUGACAGUGAGGAGGUUCCAAAGAAUGUGUCAGCAGUGCCUGGUGUUAAAGGCUUUGACGAAGACAGCGUGGCCUCAGUCAACACUACACAAGAUGACAUGCAGGACAGCCAUGUGACCAAUGGUAUCUCUAACCCUCCCCACCCUUUCCAGGGAGGCUACAUGCUUGCUGCCUCCUACUGGCCAAAGGACCGUGUCAUGAUAAACCGGUUGGACAGUAUAUGUCAGGCAGUGUUGAAGGGGAAAUGGCCAGGGGUUCGGCGUGCAUAUGAAGGUAGUGCAGUGAAUUCUUUCUACACCACCAAACUCUUGGACAACGCAGGCACUCUCGCAGAUGACCCCUCAGCCUCCCCUCAGGGUUCAAAGGUGAAGACGCAUGUUGCAGACAGAGAAAAGGAGUUCUCAGUCAAAAUCAAUAACCAGGAGGGUAGCCUUAAACUGACAUUCCAGAAGCAGGGCCUGCCUCUGAAGCGCCCCCUGGAGGGUGAGGAGGGACCUCUAGCCCAGCAGCAGUACUUAGCCCGGCUACAAGAGCUACAGAACGCAUCUGAUACUAGCCUUGCAGACUACACCAAAACACAGAACAGCUAUCCACAAGUGCUGGCAGGGCAGAUGCAUCUGAAUGGAGUGAUUGAUGGACAGCCUGUGGUGAAGAAGAGGAGAGGAAGGCGAAAGAAUGUGGAGGGGAUGGACCUACUGUUCAUGAACAGAAACAAGCCCCCUAUGAUGCCAGAGCAGUUUCCUGCUGGCUGGAGUGGGGGUGUUGCAGGUACGUCUGCUCCCCCUGGACUGAGCACACCUCAAGGACCUGGUCAGGGACCAGUUGCACAAGAUGCAGAGAUCCGUGUUCCCGUCAUCAGCCUCAAAGAUGGGACGCGACUGGCCGGAGAAGACGCUCCUAAACGGAAAGAUCUUGACCAGUGGCUGAAGGAGCACCCAGGCUUUGUGGCAGAUGUGGGAGCUUUUAUCCCAACUGCAAAUAAACUGCAGUCUCAAAACAAACCGAAACAGAAGAGACAUCGCUGCAGAAACCCCAACAAAAUUGACAUCAACAGCCUGACUGGAGAAGAGAGAGUACAGAUCAUCAACAGGCGAAAUGCACGCAAGAUUGGUGGUGCAUUUGCUCCUCCGCUGAAAGAUUUAUGUCGGUUCCUGCAGGAGAAUCCAGAAUAUGGCGUCCCACCUGAGUGGGCAGAUGUUGUUAAACAGUCUGGUUACCUUCCUGAAAGUAUGUUCGACCGCAUCCUGACCGGCCCUAUUGUUCCUGAAGAGGUGAGCCGGCGAGGUCGACGUCCCAAAAAUGCAAUUGCUAAAGCAGCCACAGUGACCAGUGCAAGUGCCAAUGCAGCCCUGGGGCUCAACCCACUACUAACCAAUGGCCUCCUCGCUGGGCUGGAUCUGCCUAGUCUCCAAGCUUUCCAGCACAACCUUCAGAGUCUCCAGUCUCUCCAACUCACCACUGGCCUCAUGGGACUGCCUCACGACCCAACCAACAUGGCUGCCAUGUUUCCAAUGAUGCUGCCUGGCAUGACCGGGCUGCCAAACCUUCUAGGGAUGAGCGGUCUCCUUGGAAAACCUUCACAGGAAGUGGCAGGUGUUGCUUCUACAGGUGACGAGGAUGGGAAGAAGAAGAGCAGUAGAGACUCAACCACACCCAAAGGGUCAGCUCAAACUUCAAGUCCCGAUAGCAAGGUGGAAAGGACAGAGGCUCAAAGUUCCAAAGCCACCACCUCUAGUCAAAUAAGUGCUUCUGCUUCAGGCCACCCACUGGCCCUCAACCCCCUCCUCCUCUCUAGUAUGCUCUACCCAGGGAUGCUUCUUACUCCAGGCCUUAACCUGCCUGUGGCCAAUCAGCCGCAAGCUGCAAACACUCAACCAACUCCACCACCACAACCUGCUGCCUCUGAAGCCACGCCCCAAGAGCCUGGCUGUUCAGAGGAGAAAGACAGCGAUGAGGGGGAGGAGCCUGAUGAAAAGAAGGAUAACAGUGGUCCAGAGGGCUCGGAGAAGGCGGAGUCAUCCUCCGAGUCUGACAGCUCCUCUGAGUCAUCAGAGGAUUCCGAUUCCAGCGAUGAAGACUGAGUCUUUAUACAUAUAUAAAUAUUAUAUAUUUAUAUACAUCUCUUAGAAAUGUAUACAUAUAAACACAUAUAGGAAUUAUCCUGCAUUUACUACAUCGUUUUUUCCAUGUAAAUAUUAUAACUAAAGUGUUGUGUAAGAAAGGAGGACAAAUGGAAAACGGUGAUCCUAGAGAAACUGAAAUAAAAUUUCAGUGUUUGUUUAGGUACAAUGUUGUUUUGAAGAGACAUUUUGCAUGUCAAAAAACUUUAGUAGAUCUAUGGACUUUGUGAAAUUGUAUUACACAACGAUGUACAAUUGCAACAGACAGGAAGCAAAAACAAGCAAAGGCAUUAUUGUUAUAACUAUGUUGGGAUUUAAUUUUAUUAAAGAAAUGAGGACAUUGUUUGCUCAUGCAGAACUGUAUAAUUAAUAUAUUUUGUUUGGGAGAAAGAACA